AUGACUCCUAAAGAAGAUGAAGAAGUGUUCUGCUUUCCCAGCCAACUGCCCCCACUAGAUUUCAGUGGAUAUUCUCCAUUAGACUGUCAAUAUGAUUUUCCAAUACAAGAGACUGCUCUUGAUGUUUUGCCCUGGAAUUGGAUGGAGAUGUUUCAGAAUGAUCCCUUGUAUUCAUCAGUGGAACCUGUACCAACCCAAAAUGCCAUCCAAGAGGAUUUCUUUUGUGGAUUUGGAAGUGGGUUGGGGGUUUGGAAUGAAAUGAGUAGUGGAUUCGAAGCAUACAACCAGGUGUUGUUGUGUGAUAUUAGUAGUACUGUAGAAGCCCGUGAAGAAUGUGUGGGAGAGAAGGUGAAGACGAGGUGCAGAGAGGAGAAGGCCGGCGGAGGCAGUUCGAAAACUCUAUCCAGAAAAACGAUUUCUCAAUACUUCUACAUGCCAAUAACACAAGCUGCAAAGGAGCUUAACGUUGGAUUGACUCUGUUGAAGAAAAGGUGUAGGGAGUUGGGAAUACGUAGGUGGCCUCACCGGAAGUUGAUGAGCCUCCAAACCCUAAUCAACAAUGUGCAGGAAUUGGGGAAGGAAGAAGGAGAAGGGGCUGAAGAGAAAUUGAGAGAGGCCAUAGGGAUAUUGGAGCAAGAGAGAAGUUUAAUGGAGAAGGUACCAGAUAAGCAACUUGAGGACAAAACUAAGAGGCUCAGACAAGCAUGUUUCAAAGCAAACUAUAAGAAGAGGAAGCUUAUGGGUAUGAUGGAAAUGCAAUCACCUUAUAGCAGUAACUGUGCAAGUGUGGAAGAAGCUACUGGGGAAUGUGGGACUAGGCAUGAAGAUGAAUAG